UUUAAAAAAAUGACUGCAUCAAAGGAUGGCGCUAGUUUCACCAACAUAUCUGUAGAGGAGCACUUUAGGGUCGCUCAAUCUAAUCACGGUGGACAGUAUGUAGGUACAGAAGAAAUUUCCACGGCGGCUAAUGCCCUUAUCGGGAGGUCGGCGAGAUUGACGGAGGCUCUCAAAGCAGCAGCCAUUAACGUCGGCCGCAAGCCUGUGGAAACCAGAGACUUAGCUGCCAUAAAAGAGGUGGAAUCUAGAGCUACCGGAGGCAAUACAGAGAGCGGCGGUAGUAUCACAGCUGUGGCUAAUGAGGCGGUUGCUAGUAACAAAAAGAUAGGUAAAGAAGAUGAGAAUAAGAUUCAUCUGGGCGAUAUAUUCGCGGAGAUUGAUAUGAAGAUAACGAGGGAUAGAUCAGUAACAAGUGAAGACGCUGAAGCAGUGGUUCAGGCUGAGCUCACUCAGCCUCCCUAUAACCAUGUUAUUCCUGGAGGCGUCGCUGAGUGUGUCACUGCAGCUUAUAGAUUAAACCGCAGUCCCUCUCUAUGAUAUUAAUUUGCAAUAUAUAUUUGUACGGUUCCUUAUUAUGGUCUAAUGACUUUUAUUGCCUCUCUUCAGUUGCACAAAAUGAACUAUAGGAAAACGCACAAACAAGCCAAUCAAAAUAAGUUUUGAUAUGGCAGUUCGUUGUUUAUGGUAAAGAUAUUGCAACUAUCUGCCAGUGUUAAGAUAUUUGUAGUUCUGAAUCUUAGAGAGGUAGGUGCAACUCUUUUUCUAUUAAAUGGUUGCAUGGUGAUUGAUAGUAUAGAAUAACCACUAUUGUCUCCAAUUUGUUUUCUUUCCUUUUGGUCCCUCGCUUUGAAUAGUCACACAAACUUACAAACGUGAUCGCCCAAAGAGUGUUCGAGACAACUUGUGUAAACUAGUGAGAAGGUGGAAUUAACACAUGGUAUUAAAUUAGAGGGGAAGAAGUGAUUCAAUAAUGGUUCAAUAGUGUAUAAUAUGUUUUGAUGGACUUGUACCAUUAUUCGUUUUGA